CCGCAAUUCUAGAACACGUGACACACACAGCCUCUCCCCAGCCCGAGCUUGCCAAUAUCGACUCCACUCAUUUCCCAUAGAUUGGUGAAGACACCCUAGCACAUAACGUAUCGCAUACGUUCUGUACUAUCGCUCUAAUAAUGUUGGACGGAAAAAGAUUCCCAGUGGGCACCCUAUCUGUGUGUCUAUGUAUGUGUGUGUUAUGGAAUAAAUUGGGUCGGCAAUUCUCACUUGAUCCACAAUGAUCCUGCCACUCUCCCCGCAUCGCAGCUUUCUGGACCAAUGUGCUGGAUCAAUACCGACCAGGAUCAAAAGAAAGUCAUGCGAACAUGUAUUUGCUCGUUCUCUCCGGGCAGCAGAGAUUUUUCGGAGUAAAUGUCCCGUAGAAAGAACCCUUGACUUGCCUUUUUCUUGAAGUCGGUAGUUCACAUUCUCGCAAUCUACUUGAAUGCAGCUUUUGUCCGCAUCAUUGUUGACCUGCUUAGAUCAGGCGCCCCGAGACGAAAGGUCCCCAAAGCAGGAUAUGUCACUAUCCUCGCUUGAACCAUGUAAUACUUCUCCUCUACAUCCGCACACAGUAGUCAGACAGAUGUACUACCGUGCAUCGGCGGUUCAUCUGGCUCCGAGAAGUUGGUAGUGCUCACGGCCAAGCUCUCGUUCGGCAGACACCAAGCACCACCAAGCCCCAUGUCAAACGAUAUGCACCGUGUUGGCAACGGCUAUACCUCACCGCUGUACAUGGCAGCGAAUGGUUGUCGUGAUGGUCGCUGCAUAAGAUCGUCUGCCCAGCUUUUCCAAGGCGCCCCCGCCCGAAUGGAGUGAGCGGGGUAAACCAUCCCCUGUAGGUAGGUCACAUCAUUUCACCAAGUCACCAUGCAAGGGAGAUCAAAAUCAGUGCCUAUAUAUUAACCAUGGCAUCUUCUACCAUAGGGUUCCCCAGAUUUGGAAUUUUCCCUGGCAUUCGCAAAGAUUGCCGCUUUCUUGAACGUCGUCACCAUGGAAGCCAAAGACCAGCACCCGCCGCCCCCAGCUGCCCAGAAUGAGAAGGGCGAAGCAGAAACGAUCGAAAAGUCUACUUCAUACGCCGAUGAGGGUCUUAAGCCAGUUGCGCAAGGGAAGGUUGACCGUACGGGUGCGGUUGCAAAGACGGAUCCUGAGGAGAUUGCUCUCGUGCGCAAGAUCGAUUGGCGCCUGAUGCCAACCUUGUGCAUAAUGUACUUCCUUAACUACGUCGACCGAAAUGCGAUUGCCCAAGCCCGAUUGAACAACUUGGAAGACGACUUGGGAAUGACUGGCGUUGAAUUCAACACCACGGUUUCCAUUCUGUUUGUCGGCUACGUGCUGAUGCAGGUCCCCUCCAACAUGCUUAUCACGCGGGUCAAGCCGGGCAUGUAUAUGAGCGCGUGGAUGAUAAUAUGGGCCAUUGUAUCGGCCUGUACUGGUCUGGUCCAGAAUUACGAGGGGCUGGUGGUUUGCCGAUUCUUCUUGGGUAUCACUGAAGCUCCGUUCUAUCCUGGUGCGACGUAUAUGCUUUCGAUAUUUUAUACACGAAAAGAAGUCGCUACCCGGAUCGCUCUCCUGUAUUGCGCGCAAAUUUUAGCCACGGGCUUCUCCGGACUCAUUGCGGCUGGAGUGUUUGCUGGUAUGGAUGGCGCACGCGGUCUGGCAGGUUGGAGAUGGCUGUUCAUCAUGAAAGUAAAUCAACUCCACACAAGUGGUCACAACUAACAUCCUGCAGUGAAGGUGCCGUGACAGGCUUAGUCGCGUUGUUU